ACCGGAAACGAGAGACGAGAAAGAGAGGUGUUGGCACAGGGAAUGUGAAGAAGACAUCAAUUACUGGCCUUCGAUGUCUGUCGAGGCUUUUUAAUUGUUUCGCUUAAAUUAACAGUUUCAUCAAACAAACUGAAAAUGAUGCAGUUUAUGCUUCUGUUUAGUCGACAAGGGAAGCUACGACUCCAGAAAUGGUACACCGCCCACACAGACAAGGCAAAGAAGAAGAUUACACGAGAACUUAUCACACUAGUGUUGGCGCGCAAGCCCAAGAUGUGCAGUUUUCUGGAGUGGAAAGAUCUAAAAAUUGUGUAUAAAAGAUAUGCGAGUUUAUACUUCUGUUGUGCAAUAGAGCCGGAAGACAAUGAACUGCUCACGUUAGAGGUCAUCCACCGCUAUGUCGAGCUGCUAGAUAAAUAUUUUGGAAGUGUGUGUGAGUUAGAUAUUAUAUUUAACUUUGAGAAGGCGUAUUUCAUGUUGGACGAGUUACUGCUGGGCGGGGAGGUCCAGGACACAAGUAAGAAGAAUGUACUGAAGGCUAUAGCAGCACAGGAUCUACUACAAGAGGAUGAGGCACUUGAAAACGCUCUUCAAGAGUAUGGAUUAUGUUAGCGCGUGGAACAGGAAGUGAAACAGCACUACUCCGGGGAGGAGACCCCUCAAGGAUUUUUCGAGGACCACGGCCUGGGAUGAAUCGCAUGGGCAUGCUUCAAUAAACAGCUUUCCUGUAGAACAAAUUUUGACUUUUUACCCAGUAAUUAUAAAACUAGUGUUUUUUUGUAUGUGUGGUUGUUUCUUGGAAAACAGUUCUCUGGUGUCAUUUUAUGAGCUUAAUUAACAUUUUAGUCAGAACUGAAUUGACAUAGAUUUGAGCUACUGUGAAGUAAGCUGCUUUAUAUACAUGUAAUUUCUGUAAGAUUUUAUCGAUAAAGAUCAAGUUAACCAAAAAUAAUGAAUGCACAGCUUUCAGAGGUUAUGAACAAAACAGUUUUGCUUUUAACACUGGAUGUCCAAAAUUGUCAAAAUAUGUAAAAUAUUUGGUUCAAAUACUUUUCAUACUGGAAUUUUUAAAAUAUUUUUCAUUUUUGCCAAAUGUGAAAAAAGUAAAUUUACUAUAGAAAUUUAAAGUAGAAUUAAAGCAAUUUGUUUUCAUUUGCUUCACAGAAGAAGAAGAAAAAUAUUACUUUCGUACGUAAAAGAUGCUUAAUAUAGUUGUCGUAUAUAAAUAGAACAUUGUUGUUUUCCAGAGAUUCUUGCAAUAUUUCAUUAAUUGAAAGCAUUUUGGUUAUUUUCUGAUGUCAAAGAAAUUCAGAAUUUGAUAUCAAAACCACUAGCUAUCUAGACUACGAAGAAGUAUAGAGAAAUGGUCUGAUAAAACACAAGUCAAUCAAUUCAGUUUUGAGAGAAAAUUUGUGUUGGUUUUUGUUAAUAAUAGCAAUAGAAGUAUCAAUUAAUUAAUCUUGUUAAAUCCAGAUAAUAUCCAGUGCUCAUUAUUUUGUAUGUUUAUUUCAUAUACCUAGCAAAUGUAAUUUUGGCGUCAUGAAUACCAAGUUAUUUUUGGGAUUAAAAUGUGAACAUUUUGUCAAGAUUUUUGCCUGUGAAAAUUUAUUGGAAAUUACAUUAAGAAAAAAAGGAGUAAAACUUGGAUCAUGUUCUGUUUCAUAUUGUAUAUUAGAAAGAUGAAUAAUGUGUCUUGCUAUUUGAAUACUUAUACCGUAUUUGACCCAUAAGUACCAUGGAGACUUCACAAUUUGGAAAAAUUAGACUAAUUGCAAAAAGAAUUCUGCUAAGAAGUAGCUGUAACAGAUUUUAAAUUCAGUCGGUAAAUAUGAGAUUGGUGACAUAUAAUGACCAGAAACGUAAUAGCGGGUGAUUGUUUGGUCAAAUACGGUAAUCACAAAUCCCUAGCUGUGCCAUUGCAAUAAUGAUAACAUGAUUUUCCGGAAUUAUCAUUUAUAUUGUUUUGAUAACCAAAAGUGGUGUGCUGAAAACUGGUUGUUCAAUUGUAUGAAGUCACCAAGACAAUUAUAUGUACUGUAAAUGUGCUUAAUUUAGCGCAUUACCAAAUUUAAACAGAUAGGGCAUUGAUGCAUGGAUACGCACAUCUACAAUAUACCUGGUAUUCAAUAAAUAGUGAAAAUGAUACCUUACUUUAUGCUAUAGUUGAGCACCAAAAGCGCUAAAAUAAGGCUACCACUAAAACAUGUUUACUUACAGUAUAUAGAUUUGUUAUGUAUUAGAUGUGUAUAUUUUGAUCAAUGCUAAAGUUAUAACGAACAGGAAGGUUAUGAACAUGCCUGUACAGGUUUGAAAUAUUGUCCUGAGUAACUGGAUAAGUCUAUGAGGGGUCUUCACAGGUAUAGUGAUGUGUUAUUUAUUUUGCUCCAAACUACAAUAAAACCUUGUUAUAAUGCCACAAUGUUUCCAGCUACAUUAUAACGUUGGCAGACUAUAGAAGGUUUGGCAUUAAAUGGAGGGACACGUUCAGGGCUAUAGCUCUGGGUGUUGAUUCAGUUUUCGCCAAAUUUUAAUAUGUGCACAACAAGUGCAUGUAAUGACAGGCGUUCAUGGACCAAUCCCUUCCCCCCACCCCUUUAAUUUUGAUUUAUACAUCCCAUUAUAUGCAUUCUAGUGUAUCCUAGACAGGAAAUCAAUCAUUGAAAUGAAGGUUAUUUUCUACGUUUUAUAACAAAAACACCAAUACUGCAAAUGUCAUUAUAAGGGAUAAGUGAGGUGCCCCUGCAGCGAGGUGGCAGAUGAAAUGAAGGGCAUUAUAACAAGGUUUUACUGUUAUUAUUUGUAUUAUGGUGUGUCUGAGUAAAAGGUUAAACUUUAUAUAAACUGAAAACAUGUUUGUAAAAUGGUGUAUUUAUUUUCAUGUUAUAUAAUUAAUUUGACCAUGUACUACAAAAAUUCCAGUUGUAGUGAAUCAUUCCAAUUAGAUAAAGGUGUAGCUAGUCUUAACCCUUUCACCACUGUAGACCAUAAUGAACUCAUCCAUAUCAAUGCAUGGUAGAGUCUACUAAAGUUAUAUAGGGGUGAAAGGGUUAACCCAUUAUGUUAUUUAUAAUGCUUGUGUUUCUUAUCAUUGAUGGUUAUAAACUAACACAGCGAGGAGAAACAGGAUAAUGUUGUUCAUUUGCUUUAAUGUGUGAAUUUGGACCAAAUAGAUGUAAUUUACAUGUUGAAUAAUUGAUAAAAUGAAAGUACAAUCCCUUUGAAACCAUCUUAAUAUCUCUCUAGAUAGUUCUCUUAAAUACUGAUAAAUGGAAAUAAACAGAAUGUUUCUCUUUCCAAUUAUCUCUCAGAUAUAAAUAUUGAAAUAAAUGUUUUCUCUCUCAAAGAAAAUGAAAAAACAAAUUGUUUCCCCAAUGUAUCCAAGGACUUUACUGUAAAAACGAACACAUUUCUAGUUUUGUUACUCAUUGAAAUAAUUGUUCUGUUGUUGUACUGUGACUGAAGGAGGUGACAAGUCUGAUGGAAUGUUUCCCUGAAGACUUUAUACAUAUUCCUGUCUAUGAGAUUAUAAUUUUAUGGUAAUGUAAAUAUGAAAACUGGGAACUGUUUUCGAAAAUUACAAUAAUGCCUCAUUAUGCUGCCAUCAUUAUUAUUUGUCGGGCAAAAUUUUGACAUUAUAAAGAGGGAUACGUUGGUGAUUAAUUGAGAAAAACUUAUUGUUUACUUACACAUGUACUCUGUGUACUCUAGAUCUCCUAACCAACAGAAUGAUAAGUGCUAUGUCGUGUGUGUGCAGUAUGGGUGUUGGUACAAUGGUUGUACACCCGUGUCCUAAAUAUAGGGCUGAUUUUUGCUUUUCUGUUGUACUAUUUAAUAGAUGUCAUUGUACCUGAUAAAGAAAUCUCAUCAAUAAAUUUCUCGAAGCUAACAAACUUA